CUGCAAGCUCUCAGGGGGGAAAACAAGGGUCAUGAUGACGGUGUUACAUACUUUCACUUUGCCAAGACUUGAUCUAUAUCAUAAAGUCAAAAAAAGUUUUAGUAUGAUGAAACCUUUCUAUGACAAAUAUAUGCUACCUCACCAUUUCUUCUUUUUCUUCUUCUCUUCUUUUCAACUUUGAUCAUUCUUUUAUUUCUUCUUUUCUCUACAUGCAUCCUGUCUCACUUAAUCCAACUCCACCUAUCACUCCUACUGAUGCUAAAGGUGCUACUCUGAUGAAUUGGCCUCUACUAUCAUCUAAACCUGUGACUCAAAUACAACAAAUCGACCUGCCGUUGUUACAACGUUAUCUGGAUCGUGGUGGAGAUUACAAUGUACGUCACCCUGGAACUGGAUUGAGUUUACUUGCUUGGGCGAUCAAGUGCUCAUCAUUGCAAGGAAUACAACUCUUGGUAGAUACUGCUUUGAAGAAAAACAACAACAAUAAUAAAAAGAAAAGGAAAAAGGGUCUUCAACCAGUGUCAGGCAUAAAAGGCAAGGUAUAUGAACUGGUGACAUUCAAUACAGGAAAUGGAGUUACUGCAAUCCAUUUGGCGGCUCAGCAAAAUUUGGUUCAAGCAUUAUCCAUCUUCUCUCAAGCUCUUCAACAAGAACAAAUCGAUCUCAAUUUUCGUUCUUCUUCAUCAUCAUCAUUGACUGCAGAAUGGUUGGGUAUAGUAGAUAGUUCUCUUUCUACUCCUUUGCAUUACGGAGUUCGGUCUAACUCAUGCCAAGCAGUUGAUUUUAUACUCCAUCAUGGCGCGUUUGGCUCUCCGAGGAAUCGCACGGGGGUGACACCAUUGGCAUUGGCGUUAUUACUGAAUCAUGUGGAUCUGGUGCGACGGUUGAUCCAUACUUUAGAUGAACAUGAUUUUGUUGUUUUGCUUCAACAAAAGGAACCCUUUUUUGGAAAUCUUGGUGGCAACAAUUCUACUGGCGAAUAUACAACUAUGUCUGAUCAUUUAUGGACUCUUGUAUUCGAUCAACACUAUGGCGAAUUGGAUCAUGAUGACAACUCUGAAUUGCAGCGGGAUGAAUGGCUUUAUUUGACGGUAUUUUGGAAUCGGUCGGAUGUCUUGGCAAGAUUAUUACAGUAUCAGCAAGAACGGAAAAGAAACAACAUUCAUCAACAGCAACAAGGCACAUUAUCACCAUCACGACAAUCAUCAUCAUCAUCGUUAUCAGGAUCAACAAUAGGUAUUCAUCCGGGAAAACAACAAAAAUGGCUUGAUAAUAGUAUUGUAUUUUAUGCUUUACAACAAGGGAAAAUUGAUAUGGUUAAACAACUCUUUAUGGCUGGACACACACCUCCUAUCUCUCCUUCAGGCGACAACCCCUGUCUUUUAUAUGCAUCUGCUCAUGGAUACUUGGAUAUCAUUUCUCUUCUUUAUACACCAACUACUUCUGAUGACUGUAUGUUCCUAACUUUACAGAUGGCUGGUCCUUCUCGCUCUCUUGUUUUACAUGAACUCAAUGCUGUGAUGACUUUGGACAAAAUCAUGCUUUUGAAUCCUACCGAUAUGUCUGCUUUAUUAUCUUGAUCUUUCAUCCUAUGUUACCCUUUGAUUCCUUUUUUUUUUUUAAUCUUUAUAGUCAUUUUAUUAUUAGUUUAGUUUAUCUUUCUC